UAAGCUUCUCUUUAAAAGUUGUUUGAUAUCGCCCGAAAGGAACAUUUCAAACGCGGUUGGGAAGAACUCGAAUAUAUUAGAAGUAAUUGGAAACAAAACUGGUAGACGGCUGAAUAAAUUUAAGGAUAAAGGAGGAUAUUUGGGACAUAUCGUAGCAGCUCAGCGAGACUUCAUUUUCACUCAGCUUCGCCAUAUAUCGUUGAUGAAUCACUAAUCCACACGAGGGUAUCUGGAUCAUAACUUUAACUCAACUCAAGCCAGAUGUAUGCAGCAGAUUAUGUCUUCAUCUUCACAACAUUUUUCAUCGUUGCUCGGAUUAUGGCUACUGGUGUACCUCAGUGUGACCCAGCUGAGCAAUCAGUGAGUGGAAAAGCUCUCAGAGGUCACACCUAUAAAACGAGACGGGUACAAGAUCCGUACGAAUGUCUGGUGUUUUGCGACAGUGAACUCACAUGUCAGAGCUACAAUUACGUCAAACCUGGUCGAAUAUGUGAGUUGAAUAACAAAACAAAGGAAGAAAAACCUGAGGAUUUUGUACAAGAUGAAAACAGAUUCUAUAUGAGAAAGUGGACAAACAGAGCUGCUUGUGCCGCUGUAGGAGUGGAAGACCCAAACAAAAUACCUGACGACCGAAUCACCUCCAGUUCCUAUUAUCUUUAUUAUUAUCCAAAAAUGGGACGGCUCCAUGGAAGCCUGGGUUGGUGUCAGAAGACUAAUACGAUCACUGAUGACUACAUACAAGUUGAUAUGGGAGCAAUUCGUACAGUCUGCGCAGUGGCGACGCAAGGGAAGAAAGAUGGUUCUUUUGUUAAAAGCUACAAGUUGUCGUUUUCUGUUGAUGAAAUCAGUUGGAAUGUAUAUCAGGAUCAACUGAUUGAAAAGAUCUUCCAAGCGAAUUCCGACUUGAAUACCAUUGUACAACACACACUGAAUAGUCCAGUCCAAGCAAGAUACAUUCGCUUCUUUCCUGUUACCUUUUCUCAGUACCCUUGCAUGAGGAUCGAAGUGUUUGCGCAGUAAAUAUAGAUGUGUGAGAAGUGUUUUUUUUCUACUAGAUGCAAAACGAUAGUGUUGUUAUUGUCACAGCAACUCCAUGAAUUAGAAAAAGCUUGUUUCAUUUUCCUUAGUUCAUUAGAGGGCGGUCAUUAUUUAUCAGAGAUGUACUGUUUUGGAUUAAAUUGUAGUGCCACCUUUUUUUGUAAUAGAGCGUAUUGAUUUUUACGUAGAGUAAUCAGUAAAUAAGCUUUGCAAUAUUUUCAUAAUGGAAUGGGAGGGGGGGAGAUAUUCACUGACGUAUAUUAACGCACGCCUUACGUCUAGUACAUGUGAUGGAUUAUUCCGACGCCCUACCUUGGCUAGAAACAGAUAUAUGCCAUGUAGAUCUUUUAGGCUCAUGCCCUAAAGCCAACCUUAAGCAUAAGAUUUGUAUGUUAUUACCUCGAGGAAAAGCUAUCUCCAUGCGGGAGGAGGUGGAGAGGGGGAGCAACGGGUAACUCAGAACUUUCCCCUACCUAAGAAAUUGCAGUAAAAUUGUGUUGAGACAAACUCAUUUCAGUAAUUUUUGAUAAUUUUCGUAGUUUAAGCCAAUUGUAGCGGCAUGAGUACGUAGAAUAUACAGCGAUGUAAGGCUGCUAAUUAAAAAAGUGCGUCAGGUACUUUAGCACUAAAAAACUUCCCUGUUGUGAAAACUAAAUAAAAACAAUCACGAAAGGAUAGUAACUUAUCGCUUAGGUAGGAUAUUUUUCUUUGACUUACUACAUACAUUAAGACUAUCCAUUAUAAAGUGAAGCUAUUUCGUGCUAAUAAUAUGCAAUUAGACUGCAUUAAAAUUAUCACCAUUUAUAAUUGAUAAAUAAAAGUUCUU